UAAUAGUAUAUGCACAUUGCUGCCGCUGUGGCUGAGUGGUUAGAGCUGUGUUGGAACUCUAGUCCGGGCAAAAUCUAAUUUAGAAAAGGUUUUUUCUAAGGGUUAAUUUUUAAAAACUUUAAAAUCGGGACCGAAAUUAACUAUUAAAUAUCAAGAUACCAAGAUAUUUGUUUUUAGAUCAUUGCAAAAUGGUUAUUUUUUGUUUUUCGUGAUUUUAAAUUUUUCGAUAAAAAAUAAUCCAAACGGGUUUCGUAAAUGAAGAUCUUGACUGACUGUCCACAAAACAAAAAUUUCCAAAAAUCAGCGUGCUUCAAGUAGACGGUCGACGAUCAAUCUGAUUGCUGGCUACUUAAUGCCGCCAUACAAAGUAAAAAAAUAAAAAAUCAGCAACAUGAACUAACAACAACAAUAGAUGAGCCAUAAUUGAAAAAUAAAACCGACAAUGACGGCCGCAACAGCAGCAGGGGCAGCAUAGAUACUUACAAACUGCAAGAACAUCAAAAGAAAGUCGCAACCGAAGUCAGCUGCAUAUUAACUUUGAAUCUAAAGUGUAUAAGCACGCAAAAAUAUCUAAGCUACCGCAAGCUCUAAGACAGAAAAGUACAUAUCAGGCACCUUUUUAUUGUAUGCGCGUUUUCAGCGCCCUGAAGCACGACAGCAAAUUCAAACUACGAAAUUUAGCUGCAUUAGGUAUUAGCCACUAGUAGAAUAAGUGUUAAAUUAAACAAGCACCAAAAGCGCCACAAAGCGCGCGACAACACUAUCGGCAACUAAUGGAUCCAUAUCAUCAUAUCAGACAUCAUUAUCCACCCACGCGCCCAGAAUUGCAGCAGAAAUGCAAUCGCGGCUCACAUUCGAGUGACACUAGCUCAGCGUACAGUGGCAGUGAUACCAUGGCAUCUGUGUACGGCUCAUCAAUGGACGCCGAGGAGAUUGACCUCUCUGGCUUGGUGGAGUCGGUGGUUGACUCUGACGAGGAGGACUUAGCCGAGAGUAUGGAUAGCUUAAAUGUUCGCGAUGCUGUGCGCGAUUGCCUGGAGAAAGACCCCUCUGAACGCACUGAGGAAGAUGUAGAAAUUUUGCUCGAAUUCACACAGGGUCUAAAGGCUUUCACCAAUAUUACACUAGCCGUACGACGUGCGCUCUGCGCCGUUAUGGUCUUUGCUGUGGUCGACAAGGCCGGUACGGUGGUGAUGUCCGAUGGCGAGGAGCUCGAUUCGUGGUCGGUGCUCAUCAAUGGCGCUGUGGAAAUCGAGCAUGCGAAUGGCUCGCGUGAGGAGUUACAAAUGGGCGAUUCAUUUGGCAUAUUGCCCACUAUGGAUAAGCUGUAUCAUCGUGGUGUGAUGCGCACAAAGUGCGAUGACUGUCAGUUUGUUUGUAUAACACAAACCGAUUACUAUCGCAUACAGCAUCAGGGUGAGGAGAAUACGCGACGGCAUGAGGAUGAGGACGGACGCAUUGUAAUGGUCACUGAGCUGCGUCAAAUUGGCAGCAAUGACCAUGCUAGCGCUGGCAGUAAUACAUCCGCGACGAGCGCAGCGGGCAUGAAGCGUGGGCAUGUGGUGAUACGCGGCACGCCAGAACGUUUGCUGCAGCAGCUAGUGGAGGAGAAUUCAAUGACUGAUCCGACAUAUGUGGAGGACUUUUUGCUAACGCAGCGCAUUUUCAUCAAGAAUCCACAAGAGCUGACACAGAAGCUGCUCGCAUGGUUCGAGUGUGAUUCUGAGCCGCCGAAGGGCAGCAGCGCUUCGCCACAAGAGAUUAGAGAUCGCGUCACACGCGUUGUACUGCUGUGGGUGAACAAUCACUUUACCGAUUUUGAGGCUGAUCAUGAAAUGAUGGAGUUCCUGGAGGUGUUCGAGGCUGGCUUGGAACAUACGCGGCUGUUGAGUCAACUGCGUUUGUUGCAUAUAGCGUGCGCGGCCAAGGCGCGCAUGCGCAGUUGUACGUUGACGCGCUCAUCUCGCGAUGAGCCAUUGAAUUUCAAUAUAAUCGGCGGCUAUGAGAUGCGCGGCAUUACGGCAGCCACCGGUGGAGGCGGUUGUGGCAUCUACAUUGCACAUGUAGUGCCCGGCUCAAAGGCACAAGAUAUUGGGAUUAAGCGCGGCGAUCAAAUACACGAAGUAAACGGGCAGUCAUUCGAGCAUGUGACUAGCAAACGCGCCAUGGAAAUACUAAUGGCCAGCACACAUCUGAGUAUAACAGUGAAAAGCAAUCUGCUAGGUUUCAAGGAAAUGAUGUUGGCUAUUGAGCAGGGCGGCAACGGAAGUGGCGGUAGCAAUGGCGCUGGUACGCCGAUCGGUAGUGGCAGUGGCAGCAGCGGUGGCUCGAUGGGCUCCAAGUCACUGCGCAGUCCGCGGCGAAUAUGCGCCAAUGACAUUGCAAAGUUGCACGGCCGCUGCAUGUUGGAUGAUAUGACAACUACAAAUCGUUCGCAUAUACUGCGACUCAGCUCGGUUGAUAUGCUGUUGCCCACAGAUCAGACGGACUGCUGUCCACCCGCGACACCACCGGCGGUCAUGCCGCAGCAGCCUAGCGGCGGUGGUGGCAAUAUGGCCAGCAAUUUUAUGUCCAAUCUGUUGCAGAGUGUCAGCAAUGCUUCAGGGCGCAAAGAUGCGCAAACGAAUUGCAAUGAUGGCAUUGGUUGCAGCGGCGGUGGUGGUGGUGGUGGCGCAAAGGGUGGCGGUUUCAUGACGCUUGCGCCAAAGCGGCGGUUACAGAAAGCGCUGGCGAAAAUGAAUUUGUUGCAGCACAAAAGCAUCGGCGGUUCGGGUUUAAAUGAUUCUGUUGAUAUAGCCACGCCUACUGAAACGAUGUCACAAAAAGGCAAACUAACAACAUCCUCAUCCAGUUCCUCCUCCACUUGCGGUGGCGGCGGCGGCAAUCGCCUUUACCAAUCGCAGUCCAAUCCCGAUUUGAGUUCAUCGCUGCUUUACGAAGACUCCAAUUCCCUGGCAACCAGCACUGCAACAGCGCCCACGCCCACACCCAACUACCUGACUGCCUCCAUGCAUCGACCUUCGGCUGUUUCCACAACAAGUUCUGCAAUGCUACCUGAUUAUCCUGAGCAUGUAUUAAAAGUCUUUAAAGCAGACCAGUCAUGUAAAUAUUUACUCAUUAACAAGGAAACGACGGCGCACGAAGUGGUCAUGCUAGCGCUGCAGGAGUUCGGCAUCCACGAUCCGAGCUCGAAUUAUUCACUAUGUGAGGUUAGCGUCGGCGAAGGUGGCAUGGUGAAACAGCGACGGCUGCCCGAUCAGCUGCAAAAUCUCGCCGAACGGAUUGGCUUUGCUGCGCGCUACUAUCUCAAAACAAAUGGCAGCACUGAGACGCUGGUGCCGGACGAAUUAGCGCUAGAACUGGUGCGCGAGUCAAGUGUACACUUUUUACAGCUGAACGCCUACGAAUUGGCCAUACAGUUAACGCUGCAGGAUUUCGCUAUCUUCCGGCAAAUCGAAUCUACUGAAUAUAUCGAUGAUUUAUUCACUCUGCAAACAAAGUAUGGGGUGCCGAUGUUGUCGAAAUUCGCCGAGCUCGUCAACCGUGAAAUGUUUUGGGUGGUGACCGAGAUCUGCAGCGAGCACAACAUUGUGCGCCGCAUGAAAAUUGUCAAGCAGUUCAUAAAAAUCGCACGCCACUGCAAGGAGUGUCGCAACUUCAACUCAAUGUUCGCCAUUAUAUCCGGUCUUGGGCAUGCGGCUGUGUCACGUCUGCGACUCACUUGGGAAAAAUUGCCUUCUAAGUACCAACGUCUCUUCUCCGACCUGCAAGACCUAAUGGAUCCAUCACGCAAUAUGUCGAAAUACCGACAACUGGUUUCCUCCGAACUGCUCGCACAACAUCCCAUCAUACCAUUCUAUCCAAUUGUGAAAAAGGAUCUCACCUUCAUUCAUCUCGGAAAUGAUACGCGUAUAGAUGGUCUUAUCAACUUUGAGAAAUUGCGCAUGCUCGCCAAGGAGGUACGUCUACUGACGCAUAUGUGCUCCUCGCCCUACGAUCUGCUCGCCAUACUCGAACUCAAAGGUCAAUCGCCCUCGAAUGCGCUCUUCUCGCUCAAUCAGCUUUCUACUUCACAAAGUGCCGGUGGCACACAUAGCACCGUCAUCGCCGCCAAUGCCGGCCAGUCGACAAUCAAGCGCCGCAAGAAGUCAACAGCUGCGCCCAACCCCAAGAAAAUGUUCGAAGAAGCACAAAUGGUGCGUCGUGUCAAGGCCUAUCUUAACAAUUUAAAAAUCAUCAACGACGAGGAUGCACUGCACAAAUUCUCGCUCGAAUGCGAACCUGCUUCUAAUUCACAAACGCAUGGUGGCAGCAGCAGUAGUACGCGUGGCGAAAGUGGUUUGGGUCGUGAUGGCACCGGAAAUUCGUCGAUGCGCAGUGGUGAUCAGUUGAGCAUCUAUUCGCACACUUCUUCGUCUUCGGCGCCCAACUCGUCAUUGUCUUUGCGUAAACGUCAUCCCUCCUCGCCGACACUCUCCACAACCAGCUCGACAUCGUCGACCAGCGAUCAUCACAAUCGUCGUAAUAUGGCGCACAAUAACAACUCAAAAUUUGGCAUCGCCUCACCGCAAGCGGUCAAAAAGAUACUUGCGCUCUCCGACCCAACAAAAGUGCGCCCACAUCAGCCGUUUACACAGCGUCAUUCGGGCAUGCCACCACCGCCGCCACCACUGCUAGUUAAUACGCCACAUCAUAUGCUCGCGCAUGCGUUCACCUCGACGGCGGCUGGCAUGCCGCUGACUGCAACGGCUGGUGUGUCGACUACGCCAAGUCCAUGUUCGCAUCGACGUUUGGCGUCCGGCAGCAAUUCGAUGCCAGCUGGCAAUAUGGUACCCGCGCGUGCCAUACAUGAACGUUCACAUUCGGAUACGCCAACGCCACCAUUACCAUCUGUUGAUUUGUCAGUAGAGAGCAGCAGCGUAACUACAUUUCGGGACUUGCCAUUGCGCAAAUCUGUAACUUCCGGCUCGGUUUCAUCCAGCGACAGCGGACACGGCUCAUAUGCCCAACAACACGAUACAAGUAGCUCGGUUUACACGGCUGCCGAUUGUCGAUUGCUCCAGCAAAUAUCCAAUACAGCGGCGCGUAAUUUGAGUGGCGGCAGCAACAGUAGUACCAGCAGUGGUGCUAGCCAAUGCAGCAAUAGUAGUACACCAACUACACCAGCAACAACGCCCAUUCCACCGCCGCCACCGUAUCAUAUGUUGCGCAGCGCUACGCACAAUGCCGUCAGUAAUCUGUAUCAUGCGAAUGCAACAGGUGCAGCUCCACUGCCACCGCCGCCAUACGUCCGUUUACAUUGCGCGGAAAAUAUGGUUGCACCGCUGAUGCAUUCGGCACACACACGACAUUCCGCUAUGCAUGGUGGCCCCCCAAAUUUCGUUGAUGGCAACAAUAAAUGCCCGAUGUGCCCAACAAUGUCGCCACCAUCAACUAUGAAUCAAUAAAGUGUUUCAAAAACUUGUUUGAGAUUAUGUGUAAUUUUAGAUUUAAGCGAAAACAAACCAAAUGCCAAACUUACUUUUUGGUUGUGUUGUAAAUGCAAAUAAAUGACAACCACACUACAAAUUAAAUUAACAACAAAGCAAACAGACAUUCUACUUAAAACAAAUUGACUGCAAAUAAUUUAUAUCCUCAAUACUAACCAACAACCCGUUCUUCCUAUUCGGUAAUGAGAUGCUAAAUGAAACUUUGUCGUCCAUUGAAAUUGUGAAACGCAAGGAUAAGUCUACUCCGCAAAAUGCCACCACCGUUUUGAACAAAAUAUACAAACAUACAAACACAUUUAUUUUGGUAAAUAUACAAUACUAUAUCUUUAACUGAGACUAAAAAGCAGAGUGGACAAAUGAAAAGAAAUAUUAUGUAAGUAGAUGAAAGUGCAUUUUCAAACAAUUUUUUUUUUUUUUUUUUUUUUAAUAAAAAAUGAUUGUUUUUGGAAGAUAAAAGUACAUAACGCACAUUUGCUGCAAGGGUGUCAUAAUUCAAAAAAUCUAAAACUCGAGAAAGACAGCUUUAAAGUUUUGAAUUUACAUAUACACACAUAGUAAAAACGAAUACAUAUUUUGUUCUGCAUACUUAUGGAUUAUGACACACUUGCAGCAAUUUGUGAGAUAUGUAUGCAUAUCCAACUAUAUAUCAAAAACAAAAUAGAAAAUUAAUGAACUACAAAACAAAUUAUGUGCUAAACGAAACCUUUAUACACACCCACAUAAUCAAUGGCAGUUAUGCGAUUUUUUAUAAUGUAUACAUAAUAUAUAUUUACAAAACCUUUUUUAUGUUUUAUUUACAUACAUUUAUGUAUACAUACAUACAUAUGUAUAUGAAAAAUUAUGAUGAUGAAAACUAAUAUAUUUAUACUUUCGACUAUAACUUUUUACCCUUUCUAAAGUAAACCCCCCAAAACAAAAUGAGCAGAUAGAAGCAUAUUUAAAUUUAAAUAUAUAUAUAUAUAUGUAUAUAUAUAAACAAAACUGAAAAAAUUCCAAAUUCAUAUAAGAAAUACGCGUUAGUUGUAAGUUAAAAAUAAAUAAAAAGUUUACUUGUUUUUGCUUAAAUGUUGGUUAAGUUACGAGUACAUAUUGCGCUUUUAGCACGCUACUUUUAUUAUUAAACAAAAACUUUAUUGUCUCCUUUUUUGUCGCAUGCUAUUUAUGUAAAGAAAAAAGGAAACAAAACUUUAAAAAACUGCUAAAAAAAAAUUGCCUAUUGUGCAAAAAAAAAAAAAAA